AUGCAGGCGCAGCACUGUCGUGGCAAAAUGGUGGUAAGGGAAUUUUCAUUUUGUUACAAAUUUGUCAGCAUUUUUGUCAUUUUUUCUGUAAGGUGUUUUACUAUUUAGUCGAUGAUUAGCGUACUUGUCUGUCUUCAGGAUCAUUUCUGAUAAUCUUAGCUGCAUUAUAAUCGUUGUCUAGUCAAAAAUAGCUAAUCACAGCUCUUUGUUUACAUUUUGUCAUCACUGAUCUACAGCGUAUAGCCUUACAAUUUAAGGCGAAUCUUGAAAACCUCACCAAUGUAAGGCCAGACGAGGAGGAUUUCCGUUGGUACUUAAAGGUAGGGCAUCAUAAUUUGCCUAAAAAGAUUCACAAACAGUCUAAUAUUUUGUUUUCGAAUUAACAAAUCAGUCUUGUCAAAAGCUUAAAAGGUAAGGUAAUACACUUGUAAAAAAAGUCGAUCUUCUUCGAUCUUCUUUAAUAAAUUUGUUGAGCGAACACUUUUUAGAAAGUUCCCAUGGCCCCAAUUCUUACCUCUGUGGUAAAUGGUUCUGGAGCCACAAAUAAGCUCUCAGAAAUCUCUAUUUCAGUGGCCUCUCGAUGAAAAAAACACCUGUUUUUUUUUUAUUGCUCAGGGAUAUUGUAUGGUUCGUUCAUCUAUUGUUACGUUUUCCAAUAUAUAGAAUAACUCAUUCGGAGAGCUUUAUGGUGCCCCAAAUGGUAAAUGUCAAUUUUAUCCCCCCUCCCCCCGCCCCCACCCCCACCGGAUGAGUAGAUUCCUGCCACCUCACUUUUUUGUCAGAGCCGUUUGAAAAAACCUUUCUUUCCCCCUCUCUUUGAAAAUGGAUUCCUUAAUGGUUCAUCUGCUGUGGACACUCAUCCAUAGGGGAGGCGGGGAGGGAUAAGAAUAAAAAUGGUACGUCCUUUCCACAGGUACUUCACUGGAAUAAUCAUAGACAACAAAUCCAACUGGCAGGAGGCAUACUUGUUGGAGGAGUUAAACCUGGCAGGGGGUGGGGGGGAAGUUGAUUUUUGCUGGGUAUGUGCCGCUGGCCUCUCAGAACCUGUACCCAUUAUACUGGUGGUCUAUUCUGUGACCAAAAAUAGACCCAACCUUAGUUACGUUUGGCAAAAUGUAAUUUUCACGAUCCAGCUGUAAAAUAUACAAGGGAUGGUACAGAUCAUUACAACUCCUGCCCCCCAGUUGUGUCCGCUAGAGGCUAAGAAUGGCAUUACAUGACAGGUCAUUAAGUGUACCAAAUUUUUAUGUUUCCUUUUUUUUCUAUUCUCAAAGUUAAUUGUUGUACUUUUUCCUUAGCUGCAAUGUCAAAAUUGUGGGGAAAAUACCAAGGAUUGGGUUUAUAUGUGUCUUGCAGUAAGUUAAUUAACACCAUGUAAAAGUAGUGCUGAAGAGGUUUCAGGUGAAUUGUAACAAUCUUUGAUAGUAUUAAAUCCAUAGAGUAAAAAGUUAGAACUGCCUUAUACAUCAUGACAAACACUAGCACAGGAAUGUACUGCUCGGUAGAUUUUAUUUUAAUGGUCAUUCACAAAUUAGGGUUUCAUGCACAGACUCAAGAGUUAGAGCCACCUAGUACAGUAUAAGAAACGGCAUCACAGGAAAGAACUGCUCAGUGGCUUUCAUUCGAAUGGUCACACUUCAGGAUUUCUUCUACACACUCAAAAGUUAGAACCACCUUGUACAGCAUCAUAUACAGUACAACAGGAAAGAACUGCUCAGUAGAUUUUAGUUGAAUGCAUGGUCAUGUCACAGGAUUUCACUCGCAGACUUAAGUCAGUACUGUGUUGCAUGUUUUUAAUUUGCAGCUUUAAUAAUUAUGAUUGUACUCCUGGAAUCCAACAAGUCCUUUUGUGAUAAAACAUACUGAAUAAGCUGUAUUGUUAAUAGGAAGCUCAAGCAAUAAAAGGAAGCAGAGGAAGUGCAAAUUUUGUUUCAAAGUGUAAAUUAUGUGGAAGAGAGAACUCUAUGGGUGAGAAAAUGUAGCCAAUGAAUGACUAAUAUAUAUCCCCAGAGUACUUUACUUUGUUAAUCAGUAGCAGAGAAAGAGAGAAUACAUUAAUUUUAAUUCAAAGUUUCAUUGGUGCUCCAAAAUUGGAUGGAUUGCUAAUUACGGGAGAUGUUGUAUGAUUAAUGCCAACUCAAUUUGAUGUGAUAUCAAGUUAAAUUUUUUUGCUGCCAUUUAAGGGUUCAUAAAAUUAGCUUUUCUCCUAACUAUAACGGAAUUAAUUCUACGAUAUAAUUAUAUAUUUUUUCUUUUGUUUUGUUUUUUUUUAAUCAACAGAUAUUAUCAAAGACAGCAUAAAGGAGUAUAUGGUAAUUUUAAGACUUGGCUAUAAUUUUCUCUUUUGUUUCUUUAAUGAACCGAUAUAAUCAAAGAUAGCGUGAAGGAGUAUACAAUACUUUUAAGAUCUGGCUGUCUUGUAGACACUUUCAAUUUGUUUUAACAUCAUGGCAUGUUCAUUACAGGCUGAAGAUAGCAACAGGUUUAAGACAAUGGUGGCAUUUGAUUGCAGAGGUGUAGAACCCGUUGACUUUUCACCACGGGUGAGUCAUUUAUGCAUGACAUUUGUGAUGAGGCACAGACUUGGCAAGUGUCACAACUUUGUCGUGAGUCUCACAAUUUCAUGACCAAUCUCACACUCUCACAAGUUGACAACUGAUUUCCCAUGUGUUACCCACUUCUCACUUCUUUUCCCAGCUCCAGGUUCAGAAUCUCUAAUUUUUUGCCUUUUGGGGGUUAGCAAGUCUGAGAUUGUUUCUGAAAUUUUGCUCACCAGUUGUCUAAUUACUGUUGUUUGUCCUCAGGGUGGAUUUGUGGCUGAAGGUGUUGACACUGGAACUAAGUUCACAGAUGUCAAUUUAACAGAAAAGGUACAUAAUUUUAACCAAAGCUGACAGGCAAGUUAACUCUUGAUUUAACACAAGCUUACAUGAACUCUGAGGACUGUGAUUCACAAGAACACUUAACUUAUGGAGAAGAAAAAUAUCAAAGAAAAAAUUAUAGAAAAAAAAAAAACAUUUCAGAAAGGUACCAGAAUUGCCUUUUGUGGGCAUGGCAAGGGAUUCCAAUAAUAAUUAUUUUUACACAACAAAUUAACUGGCUUUGACAAGUUUCAGUUAUGACUAGGGUUAGAUGCAAUAUGCUGGCAUAAUUUUGGACGUAACGCUUCAGUUGGAGCAUGAAGUGUAAUGCAGGCAUAAUGGAAAUUUUCAUCGCCGAGUGGUCAGAGCUUCAGUUUAACAAUCUGGCAUUCCCGGGUUCGAGUGCUGCUCUGACCAGUAUCUGGAUUUGUUUCCUGUUCAUUCCAAAUUCAAAUCCUUGGCCACACUUUUAAAUAGCCAACUGAUUGCCUCCUGCCAGUUGUGCUUUUUUGGAUUCGUAGUUUGUAAAAAUUAUUUCAGUGGAGUACCUAUAAACCAGUUGAAAAACUAAGUGCACUUCCACUGUAAGUAAAUCUUAAAUUUUACUUUACUGUUUCCUUCAUCUUAUUGAUAAUAGAUAGAUAAUAAACUUAGAUCAAAAUACACCCCCAAACAACUUUCCAAUGCUUACUAGUCAAAUAAAUAAUAGGCAAACCAGGGCUCAAAAUUGUGACUGAUAUGGUUGCCAAUGUGACUAACAUUUUUAUCCUUCACAACUAAAAAUUCUGGUUAGUCACCACUUUGGCAACCAGAUUUCCCUAUGAUUUACAUUUAAAUGAAAAGAGUAAAGGUGAAACUAACAUUUUUUCUUAUUUUGCUUUGCUCUCGCCAUAAAAAAUGUGCCAAAUCACAUAAACAAAGCCAGUUUACCUCCAAAUUUGUACCGACUUCUGUCUGCGAUAUUUUCAAACAAUCACAUUUGACGGAUCGUGCCAAACUAUGAGCUGCGUCAUUUACAUUGUACAAAUUGGCGACUAUAUUUCUCCAGUUGGUCACCAAAAGGCAACCUGAGUAUCUUUUUAAUUUCGAGCCCUGCAAACCAAAUUAUCAUUGUGUUAUCCUCAAGAUACAUCUCUACCCAGUGGUUAGCAUUAUCUAACAACUGAGGCCAAGACUACAACGAAAGACACUUAACAGUCUUCACUUUUCCUCUUAGGACUGGUCUGACUAUGACGAGAAAGCAGCAGAAGCAGUUGGAAUUUAUGAAGUUACUCAUCAGUUUCUUAAGUUACACUGAUUGGACUGUUGUAAGGGAAUGAUGACCCCUCUACUACAUGAUCGGUGGUCAUAGCCUACUACUUGGAAGCAUUUAGAUUAUAUCAGUUGAAAGAAGAGACUUCUAUUUGCAACAUUCCUAGUACUCUGUAAGAUGAAAUGUGGUGUGACUAAAUUUUAAAGUUGUGUUUUAAAUAACAGACAACACAGAUGUGUUCAAAACAUGUCUUAACAACGUUAUUAAUACAAGUCUUUUGAUGUGCUUGUUUACAAAGGUUAUAAACCUUUGCUUCCCAAAAAAGCAAACAAAGUAAAACAAAACAACACAAAAAAAAAAAGGUGAGAGAACUGAAGGAAGUUAAG